CGUCACGGAAUCGUACGUCUGGCUCUCGUUCCGUCAGUGCUGUAUCAGUUGCAGACAGCAAGAGUCGGCAGGAAGGCCUUGGUUGAUUUAUACUACGUGCACUAAAAGGAGCAAAAUCAUGAAGCGCCUUCUCACGCUACUAUGUGUCGUUGCGUACGCCGGUCACGCAACGGCUGACAACAAAUAUCAAGAAGCGGUCCACGAUCUGGUACGUCUUCUGGAAAGAGACACAUCACAGCCUAAAGGAGGCUCAAGCAGCGUCAAUCAAGCGAAUGACUUCAUCGACGUUGUCCUGCUGCAAAGGAUGCCUCCACUGAUCAGAGAAACGCCUGGCUUGUUUCCGGCUGCUCCCUUGCCUCCCCACUAUUUCAAGGUGUACAAGACGUCCAUCACCAACCGUGAUUUGAAGGUGAACGUGACACGAGGCGGGAUAAAGAACUUCGACACGGCCAUUCAUCGAGUCGGCGACUGCAUCCCGGCUGUUGUGGCUGGAAACACAAGUGUCACUUGCACACUCAGCUUCGACGGGAUCCUCGCCGAACUUGUCGCCGUGACCAAGGGAGACAACCUUCUGAACAUAGUGAAAUCCGUGGACGUGGAGGCCGUCGUCUACAACACGACCGGUCGACUCGAGAUCACGGCGGCUCCGAACAGACCGGGCUUCGUGCGCACUCUGUUCGUGGAGGGCGUCAACUUCGACGUCAGGCCCGGAUCCAACCUGGACCUGAACGAAGUCCGAAUGAACAACUUCAAGAUGCACAUCGCCAACUUUCUCAGGGAGGAAUUGUACAUGAACAUCUACGGCAACUACCACGUACUUCUCAACCAAGCCAGCGCGCGCAUGAGCUUCGCUCUGUCCUAAUAAUGGCUCUCGGUAAUCACCGUAACAAAACAUGACUUGUAAUACUAGUA